AUGGCGGCAAUGAAGGUGGCCGCACCCCAGAGAAAACGAAUCUUGAAAGUCCUAUUUACCUCUCUCCUCUUGGAUCUGCGAGAUCCUUCGCCAACUUCCCUCCUAAACCGCAUACUCCACUACCUCAACGCCUAUAAGAAUGCCUUUGCAAAGCCCAUCGACUCCAGAUAUGACGUUGUUCUCCUUGGAGGAGCCCUCGGUUCUCUCUUCUCAUUCCUCCAAGCGAUCGCAGCCCCGUUCAUUGGGCACAUCUCCGAUAAAAAGGGGCGCCGCACCGCUUUGCUCUGGUCGAUGAUGGGAAAUAUAGCGAGUGUUGUUCUGUGGGUUGCAGCAACGGACUUUCGAACGUUUCUCGGCAGCCGCAUCGUGGGCGGACUGAGCGAAGGGAAUGUACAGAUUGCGAAUGCGAUUGCGACCGAUAUAAGUGAUGAAAACCAGAGGGGGGGAACGAUGGCACUUGUUGGUGCUUGCUUCAGCAUCGCGUUUACGUUUGGGCCUGCAAUUGGAGCAGCACUGGCGAAUGUCACAGCCGUCACGGACAAUCCGUUCGCUGUUGCCGCGGGAUGCUCGCUCCUAUUGAUAUUGGUAGAGACUGUUUACAUCUACUUCUGCUUACCGGAAACGCAUCCACGAUAUUCCAAGUUGGUCGACAAGAAGCCUUCUCCUGAGGAGUCUCUGCAGAAGCAACCCGUCGAUAAAGCACAUAGCGAUAAAAGGGAAACGACACCGUCCUGCCCUCGAAAAUACACCAACAACCCCUCCCUCCUCAAUAUAACGCAUUUCCUCUUCCUCCUCCCUUUCUCGGGCCUCGAAUUCUCUCUCCCUUUCCUCACAGCCACACUCUACUCCCAAAUAUCUCCCGCACACUCAGCAGCCAACCCUUCCGCCCUCAACGGCCGUCUUCUCUCCGUCAUGGGCCUCCUCUCCUCCCUCCUCCAGGGGUCCAUAGUCCGCCGUCUCCCACCCCUGCUCACCGUGCGCAUCGGGGUCCUGACAUGCACUCUAUCAUUUUUCUUCCUAGCGCGCAUCUCUUCGCUCUCCGGGCUAUACGCCGCAGGCUGUUUACUCGCCGUGACCAGCGCCACGGUGGUCACCGGGCUCAACAGCCUGGGAAGUCUUGAGGCCGGGGAGGGUGACCGAGGCGUGUUCCUGGGCCGGCUGAGAAGCUGGGGACAGGCGGGGAGGGCCACGGGGCCAAUGCUUUUCUGUACUUUGUUUUGGUGGGGUGGAAGGGAGGUCGCCUAUAAUGUCGGUGCUGUCGCCAUGUUGGGUGUUUGUGCGGUUGUUUUUGGCGCUUUGAAAUCCCCGGUGAGUGGGAACAAGAUUGGGAAGAGGUGA